CUCAGGGCCCCCGGCGCCCUGGGAUCGUGCAGAUUUCAGGACAAGAGGCCGGUGCGAACAGGGCCAACCCCGACCUGGGUCGGAGGCCCAGGCAACCUGCGCAGCAAGACACCCAGGAGACUGGGGAGUCAUCUGAAGCAUCUGUGAGCAGGAGCCAAGGCCACUCACUGCUCUAAAGACUGGUCCAGCAGCACCACCAUCCACUUGCACCCACCAGCCUCAACACCAGAAGGAAACCCAAUGCAAGUGGCCCCCUGCGGCUCCACUGCCCUGAAUCCAUCUCCAAAAGAGGCAUCUUGCAGGCAGCGCCAAGGCAGGCCUCCUCCAAUGUCCAAGUGGCACCCUCUCUCAGGACCUGGAAUGUUUUGCCUGGCCAAGUGCCCACCCAGAGACAGGGUUCCUGCUUUCAAAUACCUGAAGGUUUAAAUCUAAUCCAGGAUUAAUGGGGGCCAGGGAGAUUGGAAGCCAAGCCCAGGAACCUGGAGUCCUGCUAGGGCCUAGAGCCCAUCUCCUCUGCCCACUGCAAACCUGUCUGCCUCCUUCUCCUGCCAGGCUUCUUGGGAACACUGGCCCUACUACCAGAGCCUCAUGAGCCCCCAUGAAUGCCAGUGAAGGGAGACCUGGCUAAUGAGGCCCUAGCUGGUCAAGGGCUGGGGACUCCACCAUGCCAUCCAUCUUGCAGCGCCUGCAGCAGGCCACGAAGACGAUGAGCCGCAGGAAAAUCCUGCUGCUGGUACUGGGGUGCAGCACUGUAAGCCUUCUCAUCCACCAGGGGGCGCAGCUCAGCUGGUACCCUAAGCUAUUCCCUCUGAGCUGCCCACCCCUGCGGGAGACGCCACCGCGCCCCAAGCAUAUGACAGUGGCCUUCCUGAAGACGCACAAAACGGCGGGCACCACAGUGCAGAACAUCCUGUUCCGCUUCGCCGAGCGCCACAACCUGACCGUGGCCCUGCCGCACCCGAGCUGCGAGCACCAGUUCUGCUACCCGCGCAACUUCUCGGCGCACUUCGUGCAUCCGGCCACGCGGCCGCCACACGUGCUGGCCAGCCACCUGCGCUUCGACCGCGCGGAGCUGGAGCGCCUCAUGCCGCCCGGCACAGUCUACGUCACCAUCCUGCGCGAGCCGGCCGCCAUGUUCGAGUCGCUCUUCAGCUACUACAACCAGUACUGCCCGGCCUUCCGGCGCGUGCCCAACGCGUCGCUCGAGGCCUUUCUGCGCACGCCCGAGGCCUACUACCGCGCGGGCGAGCACUUCGCCAUGUUCGCGCACAACACGCUGGCCUACGACCUGGGCGGUGACAACGAGCGCAGCCCGCGCGACGACGCCGCCUACCUGGCGGGCCUGAUCCGCCAGGUGGAGGAGGUCUUCUCGCUCGUCAUGAUCGCCGAGUACUUCGACGAGUCGCUCGUGCUGCUGCGGCGCCUGCUGGCCUGGGACCUGGACGACGUGCUCUAUGCCAAGCUCAACGCACGCGCUGCCAGCUCGCGCUUGGCUGCCAUCCCUGAAGCGCUGGCGCGGGCCGCGCGCGCCUGGAACGCCCUCGACGCCAGCCUCUACGACCACUUCAAUGCCACCUUCUGGCGCCGCGUGGCACACGCCGGCCGCGCAUGCGUGGAGCGCGAAGCGCGCGAGCUGCGCGAGGCACGGCAACGCCUGCUGCGCCGUUGCUUCGGCGAUGAUCCGGUGCUGCGUCCAGCCGCGCAGAUCCGCACCAAGCAGCUGCAGCCAUGGCAGCCUAGCCGCAAGGUGGACAUCAUGGGCUAUGACCUGCCUGGCGGCGGGGCCGGCCCAAGGGAGAAAGAGCUCAAGGCCAAGGAGGUGGUGGCCCUGGGAUCCCAUGGCAGCUGCAGCUCCAAAGAGGAGAAGGAGGUGACCUACAGAAGAUGA